CCCUUUAACCAAAAAUACCGUGCAGAAAACAUACCAAGCAAGAAAUACUAACACUUGUCGUCAAUUGACAGCCGGGUGAAAAUGUCACGUCUUUUUGAAUUAUUUGCAAUCUUUGUGUUAAAAAUUGUUAUUUGCGCGGCAGAAAAUCACAGGAAUGGUAAACUUCUAUCGAAGGCAGCGACUUUUCAUUUUCCGGAAUACGCGUACAAGGAAACAAGUAAAAAUGAAAUUACCUAUCAUGAUUACGAGCUAGCGUGUGGUCAAAAUUCACUGUGUGUCAAUGCCAAUGCUGCGAUGGCUUCCAAAUUGAACUGUUUGAGACAAUGCAUUUCCCCAUCGUGCUAUCAGGAUAUUUAUGCAUUCGAUGAGCUUGAGGAAGGCGAAAUCGAUGUGAGGAUGAAUUCAUUCAAGGGUUGUGUUAUACAGCGCAUGUAGCAUAAGGCCCCAAUCCUGCAUCGUUUAUAUCUGACAAACUACCUGCAGGAGCUACAAUUGAAGAUAUCCGAGUAUAUUUAUAAAUGGAUAUAGGCUCGGCUUUUUUAUUGUCGUAUGCUUUAGUUGUUCAUCUAAGUUAAUGUACCAAGGACUUGAAGCAAUUCGAUUUUCUUAAAUAAAUCAGUAGUAUAACAUUAUAUUAAGCACGCAGACUAAAUAGUGUCAACAAAUUUCACAAAUUUGUGAGCCGCAAAUUUGUGAUUGGCAUCACUGACACCUGGAUACCCAGUAUUUUUGUUAAUCUAUCACAUCAUGCCUAUUAUAUUUUGCCUUCGGAAGAAAAUAACAAACAAACAAACUUAGAAUAAGACAGCAAUACAAUAAAAAUGUGUAUCUUUCAUAUUAGCAGUAUAUUAGGAUUUAAUAAAAUGUUACUGUCAAAACUAAACGA